AUGUUCCGCAGAAUCUUCUCCCACCAUCGCGCACUCUCGGUAUGCACGCGCUCUCUCGCCACUCGCCACGCUCCCAAUGUCCCUCUCCCCUCCUUCCCAAUCACAGGAUCAACAAGGUCUAUUUCUUCCAAAACAUCCCAAUCCAAGGAACACGGGGAUUCUACCAAUAAGGCCAAAAAGGACAUAGCGAGUGUUGAGGAUCCCUUUAGUGCCCCUACGUAUAACAUUCCGGAGAAGCCAGUGACGUUCGUGGAAGGAGCGUCCUACAGUGUGGUCAUUCUUGCGGGGCUUGGAAUCGCAGCUGCUGCCGGAUAUGCUGUUUUCAAGGAGCUUAUUUUUCAACCUAAAGAGUACAAGAUCUAUAGCAAGGCUCUCAAAAGAAUUCAAGAUGACGGUCAGAUACGAGUGAGGAUAGGAUCGCCAAUUACUGGUUAUGGUCAGGAGAGUAGAAAUCGAGCUGCUCGCCAAAGAAUUCCUCACAGGGUAUGGACCGAUGAAGAAGGUGUUGAGCAUGUAGAGGUUAAUUUUUAUAUCCGAGGCCCCCAUGGACAUGCAAAAGUAUUCUCUGAGAUGUUUAAAGGUCCAGCUGACAAUGAAUGGAAGUUUACUUACUUGAUUGUUGAGAUCAGAGCACCAUCUACAGCACAAAUAAUUCUGGAGUCUUACAUUCCAACGUACAAUGCAACCAAGUAG